AAACAAUCUUCAGAGAAAACAAGAGGAGGUGCUAGAAGGCAUCAUGGAGCUGGAGCAAAGAGAGCUGCGCAGUUUAUUACUACACGCAACACACAAUGAAAGAACUACCAAACUCUAUAUGCUCAUGAGCAUGGUUCUAUGUUUCAUCAUCUUUUCACACCACCCCAAUGGUGUUGUCGGGUCUCUGGAUGCAUAUGGACCCAUAGAGUUCACCAGCGGAGAAGACAAUCCACAAUUUUCCCACCUUGCGGUGGAUGUGCAUACAAGGGAUAUUUACAUAGGAGCUAAAAAUUCCUUGUUUCAUCUGCAGUCAGAUUUGAAGUUAUGGGAGAAUGUGAGUACUGCACCAGAAUGUCCAACCUCGGAAACCUGUGAGAACUUCAAUAGGAUUCUGGUCAUUGCGCCCCUUCCUACUGAAAAGCUGAUCAGCUGUGAGAGUUUUUCACGCACAUGUCGGUUUCAUGAGCUUUCCAACAUAUCCAAUUCUGUCGAGUACAAGAGGAUAGUGAUCAACUCGCAAACCCCAGCAGUGGCAGUUCUCCACGAGAGUUCCAUGUACGUAGGAGUAAGUCCGGAGUUCCCUGAUCAAUCUCUCACCUACAUCACCAAACUAGGCCUGAAUCCUUUCACCCUACAGGAAAAAAUCAAUGCGCAGAGCGGUAAUGCACUAGCGGUUUCAUUCGCACUAAAUUUUGUUGAUGGAUUUGAACUGGAUGGGUUCACAUAUUUUGUGACGUAUCAACAGCAGCUUAUCGGCAACGAUCCAACGGAAGAUCAUGAUUAUAUAUCUAAGAUCAACAGGGUUUGUCAAGAGACCGACAGCCUAGAUUCAUUUACGGAAGUUCAGCUGACGUGCUCUUCAGGUAACGGCAGAACCUACAACCUUAUUCAGGCCAUUGAGGUGAGUCUGCCUGGGAAAGAUCUUCGUGAAUCUUUCAACAUCAGUGAAGAUGAUCAUCUGCUGUAUGCUGUGUUUACCGAGGCCGAUGGACGCUCAGAUCAAAUUGCUGAUCCUGCUAACUCUGCUAUGUGUAUAUACAAGAUGUCUGAUAUCAUUGAAAAGUUUCGAACGGCAGCGAUUGAUUGUAUGAGUAAAGGAAAUGUUGAGAUGCAUGGAGUACGGCAUUUACAAUCCAGAUGCAGCUCUUUUUCUACCACCAACCCUGACGUGUGUAACACAUUGUGGUACAAGUACGCCAGAGGAACCACACCUCUUGAGGUUGAUCCUGUCAUUACAUUUAAUGAUACACUGACGACUUCAAUCACUACAGUGACUGAAGAAGAUAACACAGUAGCCCUCAUAGGUACAGGCAAUGGAAAUCUUCUUAAGGUCCAGAUCAGCAGUUCCACCAAUGCUAGACUGUAUGAAGAUUUGAAAGUAGGAGAUACCAGAAUCCAACAGGAUACAUACUUCAACCCAACCGAUGAUCAAAUAUAUCUUCUCACAGAAAAAAAGAUUGUCCGUUUCUCAGUGGCCAAUUGUAGUCAGUACACCAGCUGUGAAACGUGUAUUGGAUCCAAUGGAGAUGGAGAUGGAGACCCGUACUGUGGAUGGUGCACACUAGAAGCAAGAUGUACACGUUAUCAGGGAUGUGAGAAAAGGGAUGUCUCAAACCGAUGGCUGCCCUAUGAUUCACAGCAGUGCAUCAGUAUCUCAUAUACAUCUGUGGAUUUUAGUGUCCCCAAGUCUUCCCCAUCUCAAGAGGUUAGUGUCAACUUUAUUUAUCUUCAGGGUUUUACGGUUUUAGAGUUUUUUUGGGGGGGGCUCCAAUAUUAAUUGCUAUAUUGUAAUUAUUAGUGUUGGCAAGAAUAUAUAUUCUUAUGUAUGAAUCAACAGGAUUUCAAUUUUUUUGUGACAAGAAUAUUCUGCUCUUUUGCAAUAUGCACGCAUUUGUUAGAGGGAAAAGUUACAUGGGGGCUUGGGGCGAAUCUACCCUCGAAAUGUCCUCUAGGGCCAUGGAAAACUUAAAAAUACCCCCUCAAAUUCCCAUAAAGUCCUAUGUUGAAAGGGGUACACCAGGCUAAAAAUAUUAUGAUUCGAACAGAUAAAGUACAAUCUGGAACUUUCAUCAAUUUCGGACAAGGAAUUAAAAUGACAUUAAACUUUCGCAUUUUUUUUCUUCAGUAAAACAGUUCAAUGCAUGUCUCCAUGAAUUUGCAAUGAGCAAGCAGAUGUUGUAAUAUCCCCACUUAUUUUAAUUUUUUUUAAUUAUAUGAAGUGAUAUUUAUUCAGAUUUUAUCCCCAAGAAUGAAAGAAAUAUUGGAUCGACUACUGAUUAAAGAAGUAUGAUGGUCACUGUUACAAUUUAUUUUGUUACAAGACAGACCUAUCAUACACACAUGUACAUGUAUGAAAGUGUGAAAUGAAACAAAAAAUGCAAAGUGGGGACAUGACGCCUUCAACCCACCUAAUGAAUAUUCAUGACAAUUUCAGCAGGGCUCCACACUAACCCUUUUUUUCUACUGGUCCAACCUAUUCAUGUCGGACCAGUAGAUACCCAGUUUUUCCAUUUUUUACUGGUCCGAACCUAAAAUCUACUGGUCCCCAAAAUAAAGAAAACAUUAAAAAAAGGCGUGAGUUUAUUUUGCUGUCCUUUCUUGUUACCCCCCCCCCCCCCAAAAAAAAAUGAAGGAAUGAAAGACAAAAAGAAAGCAAGACAAAAAGAAACAAAGGAAGAAAUAAUAAAAGAAAGGAAGGGAGAACAAAUAAAAGGUAAAGAAAGGAUAGAUGUGAAGGAAGGAAAAAAGAAAGAACUGAAGAGGGAAAGGAAGGAAGG